GCACAACAGAUUGGUCGCUGCUUUUCAGUGUUAUUAAUUGAUAUCUGGCCUCUAAUGUCCGCCGGUGAGAAGAAGCCAGCAUCCCAAAAUGGCACACAACCUGUGGCAACAAAUGAAAAAAAGAAGCAAGCAAAACUUUGUGCCGGUCGUGAGACUUACGAAAGAAUGAACUUUCUGUACCAGGCCGCAACAAUGAUGUCAAGCUCUAACCCACAGCUUGCAGCAUACUAUGGCAAAUUGACCAAAUCGGUCGGCAAGAAAGCGGUACUGCGAAUGGAACCAGCAAUCAAGCGUACGCUUUGUGUGCGCUGCGGUGUCCACUUGAAUCCCGGCUUUACGGCGGAUAUUCACGAUUAUCGACACAAGAAACUGUGCUACCUACAAGUUGACUGCAAGCUGUGUGGGUUUUCGAAGCGAUUCUAUAACCACAAAAACCAUCACCUAUGGUUGGACAAUCCACAAUCGAUUGUUGAACGAGUGGAGUUUUCGUAG